GAAGUCUCUGCGGACUCACCAGGACUCAGACUCCCCAGACAUGGAGGAUGCUGCUCAAGGGGUCCCUCACCCUCCUCCUGCUGCUCUGGGGGUCCCUGACCCUGACCGAGACCUGGGCGGGCCCCCACUCCCUGAGAUAUUUCUCCACCGCCGUGUCCCGGCCCCGCCGCGGGGAGGCCCGGUACCUGGAGGUCGGCUACGUGGACGACAUGCAGUUCGAGCGGUUCGACAGCGACUCGGAGAGUCAGAGGGCGGAGCCGCGGGCGCCGUGGAUGGAGCAGGAGGAGCCGGGCUAUUGGGACCUGAGCAGCCGGAACGCCAAGGUCUCCGCACAGACUUUCCGACUGAACUUGCAGACCCUGCGCGGCUACUACAACCAGAGCCAGGACGGGUCUCACACGCUCCAGUGGACGUUUGGCUGUGACAUGGGACCGGACGGCCGCCUCCUACGCGGUUAUUACCAGUUCGCCUACGAUGGCACCGACUACCUCGCCCUGAACGAGGACCUGCGCUCUUGGACCGCGGCCAAUAGCGCAGCUCAGAUCACCAGGCGCAAGUUGGAGGAGGCCCGUGAGGCUGAGCAAUUAAGGAAUGUCCUUCAGGGAGAGUGCAUGGAGAGGCUGCGCAGAUUCCUGGCUAUGGGGAAGGAGGCGCGGCUGCUCGCAGACCCUCCAAAGACACACGUGACCCACCACCCCAUCUCUGACCGUGAGGUCACCCUGAGGUGCUGGGCCCUGGGCUUCUACCCUGCGGACAUCAGCCUGAGCUGGCGGCGUGAUGGGGAGGAGCAGACCCAGGACAUGGAGCUGGUGGAGACCAGGCCUGCGGGGGAUGGGACCUUCCAGAAGUGGGCGGCCCUGGUGGUGCCCCGUGGAGAGGAGCAGAGAUACACGUGCCAUGUGCAGCACGAGGGGCUGCCCGAGCCCCUGACCCUGAGAUGGGAGCCGCCUCCUCGGGCCACCAUCCCCCCUGUGGGCCUGGUUGUGGGCCUGGUCAUCCUUGGAGCUGUGGUCACUGGAGCUGUGGCUGGAGCUGUGAUGUGGAGGAGGAAGCGCUCAGGUGGAAAAGGAGGGAGCUAUGCCCAGGCUGCCAGCAGCAAUGGUGUCCAGGGUUCUGAUGUAUCUCUCACAGCUUCUGAAGUGUGAGGCACUUGUCAGGAACUGAAUGAUGGGAGAUUUGUUUACGCUCCCACUUUGUGAAUCAAGAAUCUCUGAGGUUCCCCCUUCCUUUCGUUCCCGGUGGCGGCUGCAGUGCUGAGCCAGGGGCGCCCAAACUCCUGGCUCCUCUCCGCGCCUCCACUCUGCUCCAUGCCCCUGGCUCCCCAUGCUGUGCUGCCAGGAUGGAACAGGCCAUCUCCUUCGCCAAGGACUUCCUAGUCGAAGGUGUCCCAGCCGCCAUCUCCAUGACGGCCGUGGCCCCGAUGGAGUGGGUCAAGCUGCUGUAGCAGGUGCAACAUGCCAGCCAGCAGAUCACGGCCGACAAACAGUACAAGGGCAUCAUGGGCUGCAUCCUGUGCAUCCCCAAGGAGCAGGGCAUGCUGUCCUGGCAGAGCAACAUGGCCAACGUCAUCUGUUACUUCCUCACCCAAGCCCUCUACUUCACCUUCAAGGAUAAGUAUAAGCAGGUCUUCCUGGGGGGGCGAGGCCAAGCACACCCAGUUCUGGAGGCACUUCACAGGCAACCUGGCCUGGGGCAGGGCCGCGGGCGCCACCUCCCUCUGCUUCACCCCUGGAUUUCGCCUGGACUGGCUGGCAGCCGACGAGGGGAAAUAGGGCGGCGACGAGCACCAGUUCAAGGGCCUGGGACCCUGCCUGGUGCAGAUCACCAGGUCAGACGGCAUGGGGGCAUGUACCAGGGUUUCAACGUCUCCGUGCAAGGCAUCAUCAUCUACCCGGCAGCCUACUUCGGGGUGUAGGACACGGCCAAAGGCAUGCUCCUCGACCCCAAGAACACCCACAUCUUCACCAGCUGGAUGAUCGCCCAGUCGGUGACGGCCCUGGCGGGCCUGGUGUCCUACUCCUUUGACACCGUGCGGCGACGGAUGAUGAUGCAGUCCAGGCGCAAAGGAGCCGACAUCAUGUACACGGGCACCAUCGACUGCUGGCUGAAGAUCUUCAAGGACAAGGGCGGCAAGGCCUUCUUCAAGGGAGCCUGGUCCAACCUCUGAGGGGCAUGGGCGGGGCCUUCGUGCUGGUCUUGUACGAUGGGCUGAAGAAGGUCAUCUAGGCG